UUCGUAAAGAGCUGUAAGGUUUUGGAAGAGGGAGCUAGUAUUAGGAAAUCAGCCUACCUUGGUUUACCUUUUGUUUUUGUUUUCUUUUUUCUUUUAAUUUUGUGUAGAGUGCCAAUAUAUGUGGUGCAUUGGUGCAGAAACGAACUGGACAUUGUUUGUUUCCCCCAAGCCACUUUCUGUUUGAUACAUACAGUGCUGCAUUUGGUGAAUUGUGCGUUGAAUUACGGGUGCAAUCUAUGCCUGCAAUGAGGAGAAAACGGACUGAAUGAAUGUUGAUAGUUUCUCUGGCAAUGCUGGACAGAAUGAAAAACAUCGAACCAUUCUAAAGGCAAGUUCUUUUAUAUUUUUUUCAGAAGACUUCAUUUUACUUUGUAUUUUUCCCAAACACAUUUUUGAGUGACUGUGUCCAUUUGUUUUCAAUUCGAUUUCAUAUCGUGGAGCCUAGUCACGAUGAAGCACGCCUGAAACGAGUUUUUUUUUUUUUUCUUCUUCACAAAAUGAGGAAGCAAUUUUUAAAAGAGAUACGAAAAAGACAGAGGCCUCGUCCUUUGUAGGCCCGGAUCUGUGGGGGGAAAGGGGAAAAGGGGGCACAGAAGCCCGAUGAAUAAAAUUCUGAAUAAAAUGGGACAUAACGAGACACGCGAGGAGAAGAGAAGCAUAGAUAUUUUAUUAAUGACAACGCUUUGUGCAAGUUUGCCUCUUAGAACAAAAGGAAGUACUCUCUAUCUUUAACAUUAAAACUGUUAUUUUCAAAAAUAAAGGAAGAUUUUUUUUUUCCCCCAUUGAUGGGGCAUUGGCUGACGACGUUCCCAUUUUCCCGCAGUUCGCCCUCUUUAUUUUAUAUAUUAUUUAUUUCUUUUUUUAUUGAAUUUUGAUCUGGAUCCAGCGUUGACAUUGUUCAAUGGAAGUAUGUUAUCAGUUGCCGGUUUUGCCUCUGGACAGGCCGGUCCCCAAGCAUGUUCUCAGCCGGAGGGGAGCCAUUAGCUUCAGCUCCAGCUCCUCUCUCUUCGGUGCUCCUGAUCCGAGACAGCUGUCACAGAGACGGGGGGCGAUCUCAUAUGACAGCUCCGAUCAAACGGCUCUCUACAUUCGUAUGCUAGGAGCUUGUGUAAUAUUCAAACAGCUGUUUUCAAGAGAUGUGAGAGUGAGAAGUCGGGUUGGCUUUGAACCGGAACGAAGAGGCUCUCAUCCCUACCUGCCCAUCGAUUUCCGAAUUUUGCACUCGCAGCCUGACUCUGCUGGGCCCGUCUCUGCCCGGAGGAUCCGCCGGCUGCUCAGCUUCCAGAGGUACCUGCGCUCCUCCCGCCUGGGCCGCGGAGUCACCCCCCAGAGCCCCCUCCACAUCCUGGACCACGACUACACGGGCCAGGCCAAGUGUAUGUUGGAGAAGGUUGGGAGCUGGACUUUUGACAUAUUUCUCUUUGAUAGAUUAACAAAUGGAAACAGUCUUGUCAACUUGACAUUUCAUUUGUUCAAACUGUAUGGAUUAAUUGAGCUCUUCCAAUUAGAUAUGGUAAAGCUUCGUAGAUUUUUAGUGAUGGUUCAGGAAGAUUAUCACAGGCAGAACCCUUACCACAACGCCGUCCAUGCUGCUGAUGUCACCCAGGCCAUGCACUGUUACUUACGGGAGCCUAAGCUGGCGAAGUCCCUGACCUCCUGCGACAUACUCCUGGGGCUCCUGGCAGCCGCAACCCACGACCUGGACCACCCAGGUGUCAGUCAGCCUUUCCUCAUCAAAACCAACCAUUACCUAGCUGCAUUGUACCAGAAUACCUCAGUUCUGGAGAAUCACCACUGGAGGUCAGCGGUGGGCCUGCUGCGAGAGUCGGGAUUGUUCUCUCACCUUCCCACGCAGGACGGGUUGGACAUGGAGAGGCAGCUGGGCUCCCUGAUUCUGGCCACUGACAUCAGCAGACAGAAUGAGUACCUGUCGAAGUUCAGGGAACACUUGGACAGAGAGGACCUCUGCUUGGCGAACGCUGGCCACCGUCACUUUCUCCUCCAGAUGGCGCUGAAGUGUGCAGACAUCUGUAACCCCUGCAGACCAUGGGAGCUGAGCAAGCAGUGGAGUGAGAAGGUGACGGAAGAAUUCUUCCACCAAGGAGACAUUGAAAAGAAACACAAACUUGAAGUCAGUCCACUAUGUGACAGCCAAACUAAUUCUGUCGGCAAAAUUCAGAUUGGCUUCAUGACGUAUGUAGUGGAGCCACUUUUCGCCGAAUGGGCGCGUUUCUCGGACACGCGCCUGUCACAGACCAUGCUGGGGCACCUGGGCCUGAACAAGGCGGGCUGGACCGGGCUGCUGCAGGCGCAGGCCGGCGUCGCCGAGGGAACGGACACGCCCGCGCCUGCGGAGGACGCGCACUCCAAAGUUUUACCUCAGGGAAGCGGGGAGUCCUGACGGCCCCGCGGCAGGGCGAGGGGGGGCCAGCGGGAUCUGCUUCGGGCUCCACGGCUACUUCCACACUCAGCGUAACAGCUUCACGUUUUAAUCGCGUUGACUCCCAUUUCGAUAAAACCACUGAUUUUAUUUAAUUUAUUUAAUUUAACCCCCCUUUUUUUCUUGACGUAGAGCAAUACAUAGAUACCUCAUUUGGCUUCUGCUGUAUUUUUAAUUUGUAUUUUAUUUACCCCCUCCUUGUACUUUUCUGGCGUUACUAAUUGACCACCCCACCCUUUUAAAGGAGACUUAAAGGGAACACCGUACAGGAGGAUGCCUGGUUCGAGGUAAAAGUGCCAUUGAAAACCAUUUAGUUUUAAUUGCUUUGAAAUGGAUUUGGAAAACCUUGAGUAUUCAGAUUGUUUUAUUUAAGGCUGCAUAAAAAGCCUGUGAUGAUGACGAUCAUGAUGCAUUUGCAACAAAACUUCCUCGUUAAGAAAAAAAAAAAAGGAGAAAACUCUGAAGAGCCCAAUUGUUUUGCUGCCUCUCUGAAGACUGUUUACAGGUGUCUUUUGUUGUGUGUAUUAAAAGAAUCAAGCCGGUUCUGUAAUUUGCCUUUAAAAGCACAUAUUUAAAGAACCACUUAACAUGGGAACUUUAUUUCCUUUUGAUGAACUACAGAACAAACUUCGACUGCAGCUCAAUCCAGCGCACCAGAUGCCAUAAAAGCCUCAUGUGCUUCAUUAUGUUUUUUUGUUUUUCUCUUGCACUGUGAAACGAUGCGAUUUGGACACACACACAUACACACACACACAAACACACACGGACCAGGUUUCAGUUCUGAGAUGACUGGGGAGGUACGCGUUUUCCUCUAGAUUACGAACUUUUAAAUCAUCGCUCUUUCAGUGAUGGCGAAGCAUGCAGACAUCGCUGCCUUUCAACACUUGAACAAACCACUCUUUCUUCGAGAAUGCCGCAAACGUGAAUUUAAAAGAAAAUGAACAUUUAUAAAAUAAAAAAUAGACCUCUCAGGGUUUUUGUCGACUUUUCUGGAUGAAGUUGCGAGGAGGCGGGACACUUCGCCGUUUGCUGGCGGGCUGGCCCGGUCUCCUUGCCAAGUUAAAGGAAGUAACUCACUGAAGCCCCCAGACUGUCACAGCUGUGUGAACAUGCAACCUGGAAGACUGAUACUGAUGCCUUAACUAUGCACAAAGCUAAGUGACCAAACCAGCUCUUACUUUCAAGUGCAUCGUGUCUUGUUCUCUAAAUGCACUGUACAACUGUUUUGCCUUUGGUGUGGAAUUAUAAUUUUUUUUUUUUUUUUACAUUUAAAUUGAGUGAUUUUUUUUUUUUUUUUUUUUACAUCACAUUCCAUGUUUUUUUGGGUAUCGUUUUGAUCCUGUAUAGUUGUGUUCCUGGUUUGUUUUUAUUUUAUUUUUAACGAUGCCAGGUGCUUUUCUUAUUUUAGCUAAUUUGUAUUCUCUCUUGUAAUUGCUGUAAGACUGUUGAUAAAACCUGUUUACAAUUUGUUGUAACAGCCAUUUUGGGGAGAAGACGUCAGUGUCAAGCCAUUUUGUAAAGGCUUUGCCGUAUUUGACCUUUUGAUACAUGCCUGUUGCAGUUACAUUUUGAUUAAUAAAACAAGUUGACAAAC